UGGUGGAAAUCCCCACGUGGUUUGUACUCGCGUAUAAAAACUUUAGGUGCGCGGUGCCCCCGGUGUGAUAGUGAAGAGAACGAAGAGUCAAACUGAGCAGCUUUUUGUUUGUUUGUUUGUUUGUUUCCUUUUCUUUUGGCAGGACGCACGGAGGUGUCUCCGCGGAGCAGCGCGCAUCCGGAGCUUCUUUUUCUUUUCAUUUUUUUUUUUUUUUUUUUUGUUUACGCGCACAAAGACACGGGAGACACGGAGUCCCUGGCUGUUCCGUGGGAUCUCGGCUCUGCAACUGGAUCCCCCCACUGAGUUUGUCCACAGUGCGUGAAUUGGGAAAAGCGCUCCGAUCGCCCGUGGACGCAGACGGACGGCGAUGUCGGUGAGACGUUCUUUUCAUGCCCGUCUGUUUUGGUAAAGUGCAGCUCGCGCACCGUGCAGAAAACGCGGCAGCAAUCAAAAGAUGAACUCGUGUUUUCUUUCUUUUUUUGUGGAUAAGCGGCUGAACAAUGCGCAGUGACUGGAGUUAAUUAGACUGCGCUGCUUUCUUUUUGGGGAAUUACAAACAUUGCGCUCUUUGGAUACUUUGGAGGACUUGUGGAAUUGGAUGUCACGCCGGAACUUUCACACUCGUCACAUCAGCUUUAUCUCCGUAGAUUCUGGACCCUAAACUCAAAGCGAGACAAAAUGAGCGUGUACAGCGUGGCGUUGUCCUGUUUAGUUGCGUGCGUCCUCUCCGUGCGCUGCGCCACAGGCGCCGAGACGCAAACGUUGCCCCGGGAGUCGUGUGCGUCCUGCGGCCUCAGAGCUCCGGAUCAGUCUGAGCGCGUGGACGUUGAUUUUUUGGAGGCGGUGAAGCGACACAUCCUGAACAGGCUGCAGAUGAGAGACAGACCCAACAUCACUCAUCCCAUCCCGAAGGCUGCGAUGGUGACAGCCCUGAGGAGGCUGCACGCGGGCAAAGUGCGCGAGGACGGCAGAGUGGAGGUCCCCAGUUUUGAGGGACAAGCCUCCUUCAGCAACGAAGUCCAAUCAGAGACCUCUGAGAUUAUCAGCUUCGCUGAAUCAGAUGAGCAAACAUCACCCAAGUCUGGUCUCUACUUCCUCAUCUCCAAUGAAGGCAACCAGAACCUGUUUGUGUCCCAGGCUAACCUGUGGCUCUAUUUCCGCGUACUGCCAGCUGGUCCUGAGAAGGGUAUCCGGCGGAAAGUCACAGUCAAGAUCCUCUACCAGGAUGCUGGAGCUGCUAGUGGUAUGGAAAGAGGCCAAGGUGGAAGUGAUGGUGGGGGUGCGGGACGGUGGUCUCUGGUGGAGAAGCGUGUGGACCUGAAACGCAAUGGUUGGCAUACGUUCCCGCUGUCAGAGGCAGUGAGGGCGGUGUUUGGGAAAGACAACCGGCGACAGGACCUGGAGGUCCACUGUGAGGGCUGUGACACAGCUGGAGUGGUACCAGUGUUGGUCGAUCCGGGCGACCCGUCCCACCGGCCCUUUCUACUGGUGCGGGCACGACAGGUGGAUGGCAAACACCGCAUUCGCAAGCGAGGGCUGGAGUGUGAUGGCACCAGCGGAGGCCUGUGCUGCCGGCAGCAGUUCUACAUAGACUUCCGUCUUAUUGGCUGGAACGAUUGGAUCAUUGCACCGCCUGGCUAUUAUGGCAACUAUUGCGAGGGCAGGUGCCCAGCCUACAUGGCAGGUGUGCCUGGCUCAGCUUCGUCCUUCCACACGGCCGUAGUAAAUCAGUAUCGUAUGAGAGGGAUGAGCCCCGGCUCUGUCAACUCCUGUUGCAUCCCCACAAAGCUCAGUACUAUGUCCAUGCUCUACUUUGAUGACGGGUACAACAUUAUCAAGAGGGAUGUGCCCAACAUGAUUGUGGAGGAGUGCGGCUGUGCUUGAGCCCAUUAUUGUAUUUGAGCUUCAUCGACUUUGACCAGUCAGAAAGGCCUUUUGUACAAACGGGCAGUUAUUAUAUGGUCCACCUAUACAUUAUAUCUAUACCUACUGUUUGUGCAAACAAAGCAAACUGGUACAGUCUAGCAAAUGCAAGUAUCAGUGUUGUGUGUGCGUGUGUGCAUGUGUGUGCACGAGUUUGUGCGAGUGUGUGUAUUUAUCGGACUGAGUGCGCCGUCCGUCCUGCGAUGAACCGGACAGCUACGGGAAGAGAAGGGAACGAUUAUCACCAAAAUGAUACUUUGCUCUAGUUUGCCAUUUCUAGUCAAAAAACAAUGGCACAUCAUCUCCUCAUCAAUGAAGAUUAAAAGCGCUUAGAGAGAAAGUGACAGGAUCAAGCUGAUGACCUUUAUUGGCUUCACUCCACACUCCUCCAACCCCCCCACAAAAAAAAAUACUUUAGCACAUGACAGACUUUUGUUUUUUUUAAAGCACUGACAAUUCAUCCAUUGAUACAACUCAGAACACCAGCACUUCCCCCCCCCAACCCCCUCCACAUCCCAACACCACCCCAAGCCAACAGACAACGUCUGACUGUUCUCUCCGCUGGAAUCAGGUGAGCGGCACCUGUUAUCAUCUUCGCCGUUGUCGACGGGCCUCAACCUCGACGCCUCACCGGUCAAGAGGCUGCGAGGUCCCGUUGCCAUGACAUCCAGGUGAAGAGAGCUCUUCUAAGUGCACUUCACUUGUGCACUUCAGUGACAUAGAGAGAGAGAGAGAGAACUACACCCCUGACCCCACCGCCACCUCACUUCGAACUUGCAGGAGAGGGCCUGCGGACAAAGAGACUCGAGUUUUGGCCCAGUGGGUCACCACGGUGCAGCGCAGCACUUGCUAAAAACUGUUAAAAUGCACAUCAUGAAUAGCACUUGUAUAAAGAAAUGCCUUCCAUGAGGUACUGAGUGUCCUGUCCGAUUGCUAAUUAAGUGCCACAUGAGCUAUGCAACUGUCAGACUGAAUCCUCCUUCCAUCUUUCUCUCUCUCCUCUCUUCACUCUUCCACUUUUUUUUUGUUUUUUUGUUUGUUGUUUUUUUACCAAUACUUGAAAUGUAAUCUUUCGCUUCCUUUCCAAAGCGAAUGAUUGUUGUGACGUUUGCACUGAAAAGUUGCGGGAUUAGUGAAAAAAAAAAAAAAAGAAAAAACUGCCAUUGAAAAGUUAUUUUUAUAGAAAUUAAUUGAAUUUUGUUUUCAAAUGUAUUUUACCUAAUUAAUGGAACCAAAGAGGCCAAGAUUUUAGCUGUUGUACCGAGAUGGCAAGGCCAUUGAGUUACUGUGUAUGAUACUGUUUUGAUCACUUGCAAAAGGCCUACCACCAUAUCAGGGUACAAUAUAUGAUUUCACUUCUUAGCUCUGUUAUCAUUCUCUGUUUUGUACGAUGCAUUAAGUCAAACACUUCAUUUUUCAUCUUUAAUUCUAUUUUUGUUUGUUUUUUAUUUAAUAAGAAAGUUAUUUUUUAGUUCAUGUCUAAGAAUCAUUUAGUCAAAUAAAUGUCAUCUGUACAGUUUAUGUAAAAUAAAACAUUUUCUUAAAUAUUUUGAACUU